AGUUUACUUCCGGAGUCAUGGUUGUCAAGGGUUUUGGAGGCUCAUGGUCUGUGGCCAAAGGUCCCUCCCUCUCCAGGUCUGAAUCUUCCCCAAACAGAAGCUCGCGAUCCCCGGACUGUCCCCAAAGAAAUGACCAAGGGAAAAUAACGAAAAACACCCUCCUCCCUCCUAGGAAGUGAACCUCCUAAACUCUGCAACCUUAAAAUGGCAGCAGCUUUGACCCUCCCAGCUCCGGAGGAGCAGAAGGAAUUUCUGACAGUGAAGGUGGAGGAGGAGGAUCAUGCAUGGGGGCAGGAAUCUGGACUACAGAAGAAUGACCCUUAUGCUAGAGAGAUCUUCCGGAGGCAGUUCAGGCGAUUCUGUUACCAGGAGACCCCAGGGCCUCGUGAAGCUCUUCGAAGGCUUAGAGAACUUUGCCUUCAGUGGCUGAGACCAGACAUGCAUACAAAAGAGCAGAUUCUGGACUUGCUGGUGCUCGAGCAGUUUCUCAACAUCCUCCCUGAGGAGCUCCAGACCUGGGUGUGGGAACAUCGUCCAGUGAGUGGAGAGGAAGCAGUGACUGUGCUGGAGGAUUUGGAGAGAGAGUUUGAUGAGCCAGGAGAGCAGGUUCCAACGCAUGCUCAUAAACAGGAAAUGUUUUUGGAGGAGAUAGUGCCUAUGGAAGCAACACAGGAGUCACACAAUAUUCAGUUCCAGCCCUUGGAAACACAGAUCCAAUGUAAAUCACAGGAGAUGCAUCUUGUUAAAGAAAUUGAUGGCAAGACCGGCAUUGAAAAUGGAGAAUUAGCUCCAAAGCGGGAAACUUCUACAGAAAUGGAUAUAAUUGACAAACUGAAUGGUGAUAUUCUCCGGGGUCCUGAAUGUAGAGAAAUGUGUGAACGAGAAGGCAGAUCAGAAAGACAAUGGGGGAACCCUGCAGUGGAAAGACCUUAUGUGUGUGGUGAAUGUGGGAAAAAUUUUACUCAGAAUUCCAUCCUUAUUGAACAUCAGAGAACCCAUACUGGAGAGAAACCUUAUGAAUGCGAUGAGUGUGGGAGAGCCUUCAGUCAGAGGUCUGGCCUUUUCCAACAUCAGAGACUCCACACAGGAGAGAAACGAUAUCAGUGUAAUGUGUGUGGCAAAGCUUUCAGUCAGAAUGCAGGGCUUUUUCAUCAUCUCAGAAUCCACACUGGAGAAAAACCCUAUCAGUGUAAUCAAUGUAAUAAAAGUUUUAGCCGGCGCUCAGUGCUUAUCAAACAUCAGCGAAUUCACACUGGAGAAAGACCUUAUGAAUGUGACGAGUGUGGCAAGAACUUCAUUUAUCAUUGUAACCUUAUUCAGCAUCAGAAAAUUCACACAGUGGCCGAGUCAAACUAGCUCCUGGUACUAAGGGCUAGGAUUAAAUCAUCCAUUUCUUUGGUACAGGAAACUCCCAGAGAAGGAGACUCUCUCUCUCAAUGCAUUUUGGCACUUUAUGUUCUUAAGAGAGUUGACUGGUGACACUGAGAGGUUAAAUGUCUUGUGAAGGGUCACAAAACCAGUGUGUGUCAGAAGUGGGGCUUCAACCCAGGUCUUCCUAAUUCCAAGGUGAGCUCUUUUUUCGCUGUGCUGUGUAAUAAGUGGGGAAAAACUUACAGAUGCCGGAAUUGUAGGUGGUUUAUCCAUCAGUUCUUUAUUUUAUCCUCCUUUGAGAAUGAGAGGAUGUUAAUUGUGUUUAACUUUUUAGUAUAAUAAUAUCCUUCCAGGGAAACCUAGUGGUGAUGCCUAUACCAUUCUCUGAGAUAGGUGCUUAUUUUAAAUAAUGUAUUAAGUACUGUAAAUAAUUAUUUUAAUAAUGUAAUGAACUUUUAAUUAAGAAGGAGCCACAUUCGUAAGAGAAUUCAAAAUGGUACAUUGAUAACAGCUUUGUCAGGGUGCUGCUUCCAAUACAACUCAGUCAUAGUGUAUCGCUAAUCAAAAAGGGACAUCAGUCAAAUAUGCUUAUCUGCUUGAUACUUGCAAGGUGCCCUGUAGCCAUUAAAUUUUUCAGCCCAUUUUUAAUUCUUCUGGAUGCAGAAAAUGCCUUACAAAUACAACCUGUGCACAGUGCUUUGUCAAAAGUCAGUUAAUCUGCUUUGUUAAAAAAAAUGGAAAAUAAAAAUAGUUAGUAUUUUCAAUAGCCUGAUUCUAUUCAUCUCUUCCAAUAUAGUGACAUAUCCUUAAAACUGCAGAAGGGAGAAAGCCAUGAUGGGCUAUACUUUAUAGAAUUAAAUUAGUCAGCACUCUCAGAAUUAUAGAAAAUAUAUUUUAGCAAUUCAGUGAAUAGUCAUAACUUCUGCUGCAUAUGCUUGCACAGAUAACUUUUAGAAUACCAAUUUAUACUUUGGUAUCUCUGCAGAUUCUUUCGAUGGGACUGUAACUUACCCAUUGUUUCAUUUGUCAUCACAUAUAAUCAUUAUGAUGAUUUUUCAUGAGCUUAGGUGUCUUCAGCACUCCCUUUUUAAACAAUCACCAAGGUUCCCAUAUUUUUUAUUCCCAGAUUGUUAUCUGUUUAUAUUCACCCAAAGGUAAACUCUUUUCUUCUGUCAAACAACAUCGAUUGAAUAAUUACUGUAUACAAAGCCUUGUACUAGACGUGCUGAAGGUAUAAAGCAAUUUAAGACAUGAUGCCCAUGUUUGUGGAGUUUAUAAGCUGGUUGGGAAGUUGGAAAUAAAGAAAACAGCUUAAAACUCAGACUCCUGGAACUAGAAGGUAAUAUAGAAAUCACCUAGUCCAAGGAUUCUUAACCUACAGUCUGUGAACUUGUUUUUAAAAAUAUUUUGAUAACCGUUUCAAUAUAAUUGGUUUCCUUUGUAUUCCUAUGUAUUUUAUUUUGUGCAUUUAAAAAUAUUCUGAGAAGGGGUCCAUAGGCUUUGCUAUAGGGCCUUUGCCAAACAAGUUUAAGAACCCCUGAUCUGGAGCCAGAUGCCUCAUUAUACAGAUGAGAAAACUAAGGCCCAGAGAGGUUAAACCUCUCUUUACCCAAAGUCACACAGCUAAUUUGAACAGUAUCUUAAUUCUCAGCUUUUCCACUAUACCACCCUAAAGAUAAAUCAUCACCCAAUAAUAAUUAUAAACAUAUCGUGUUAAAAAGAAAUGUGACAUGAUUGAAUUAUAAAUCAAGAAAAUUAUUUAACAUAACUUUAUUAUCAGGCCAUCUCAGCUAUGUUUCAGUAAAUCUGCACUUUCACUAAUAAUAUUAUAUGGUCUAAUAAAUGCCCUUCAGAUUUUUUCAUUGCUGUAUUUUAAUUUGUUGCCUUUUCUAUGUUUCAGUCUAAUCCUUUCUUCAACCCAUAUUAUCCUCUUCAUAUUUCAAAGCUAGCAGCUUCAUACCAUGCCAGGAAAUAGAACUGGAGCAACGGCUCCUAUCCCACUGUAGAAGAAUGAGGAAAAGGAGUACUUAAUAGUACUUAACAGACACUACAACAAUACAACACGCUGUGUAUUGAUUGUGUUGAUUCAGGUGAGCCUGAUGUCCCUGACCUGUCUCAGGAAAACCAAUGAAAAAGGUGCUGCGAGAAUGUUUCCUUGUGUUUUUGGUCUCGACGAGACACUAGAGAGAGAAGGGAACAAUCCCUUUUUGAAACAAAAGGUUAGAUCUUGGAACUGGGUCUCCUUGCCCAUUUUGACUUUGAGCUCUGUAGUUAGCCCAAUGUCUCCAUGGCAAAGAAGGUGGCAGUCUGUGUCCUGAGAUGUUAUCAAGGAGGCAGCUAUGGGGCAGCCAAUGCCAGUCAAGUUUGUAAGCCUAACAAUGAUGGUUCCAAAGUUCAGGAAGUUGGCAUCAUCUAAGCUUGCCUUGGUGAAUUUCUCUUCAAGUUUUUAAAAUUUACUUUUAAAGAAUAAACCUGCCCAAUACUCCCCUUAUAUUCUGUACAGAAGGGGGUUGUGUGGGAUUUAAAUAAAUUUAAUGUGCAUGUCUC